AUGUUGUCAUGGCUCACGUCUCACUUCCUACAGCGCGCAACCACAAAGGAGUCACCCUCUGAAUCUGGUGAUUUCCAGACCAGUGUGAUGAAGACCAUGCUCCGCCUAGCGGAUGACCCAGAGCUGAGUCAAGAUUUGUUGCCAGAUGAAGAGUCGGAGUCGGAGUCGGAGUUGGAGUUGGAGCAGGAGCAAGAGGAAGAGGAAGAGCAAGUGGAAGAGCAAGCGAUACACCCAGUGCCACAGCUAGAUAUCAAAGAAAAGUUCAAAAUCAUGUGUGAGAAAGUUACCACUUGGGCUAGGAGUAACACACUUCCAUGUGUCGCACUCCUGCUUCUCGUAGCCUUACUUCUCAUGUUGUAUGUGAGAAUUCCUGCUACCAACCCAACUGGUUUAAUCAUUGUCAAGGUGAAUAACGACACCAUCACUAGCCAGACAGAUACCUCAAGGCAUCCGGGUUGGCCUAAGAUGGAAAAAGCCCUUGAGGUGACGAUGCUCAGGAGCAUGGAUGACUUCGGGAUUGCCUCUGUCUUCCACGGUACUUCAAUCGAGGAAGUGAGAGACGCCACCAACAAGUACCUCUACCUGGCCAUUGUGCACGCUAGCGUUCUUGGUAGUCGGUUCAGGUCGGAAGAUGUUGGCACCAUCUCUAUGCUGGAGGAGAAGGUCAAGAGUCUUGAAGCCGAGAAGAAUGCCCACCUUGUCAAGAUUGAGGCCCUUGCCAAGGAAAAAGAGGAGAUAGCGUUGUCCGCAGAGAACUGCCCAGCCGUCAAGGAAAGCGACGAGGCGCUGCAGAGGGCAAACACGCGGAUCGUGGAGCUGGAGAAGCAGCUGCGGGACAAGAAGGCCUUCGCGGAAAACGUGAUGUCCGAGCUCAACAACGCCGAGGAUCACCUCAAGACCUGCGGCCAGAGGGUGGACAUGCUGGAGGACAAAGUCAGGGAGAUGGAGGGUGUCGUUAUUAAUUAG